CAACAGGACGAUGGCUGCAGGCAGCGGGGACACAAAUGUGAUUUCAGUUUGAACCGGGAGUCUCAAACCGUCUGCCUUACCGGACAGGCUCGUGCGUGUGAAGUCCAGUCAGAGGCAACAUGUCUCUGUUCAAGGCCCGUGAUUGGUGGUCGGCGACGCUUGGCGAGGGGGAGGAGUUUGACCAGGGAUGCCUGUGUGUCGGAGACGUGGACAACAGUGGCAGCGGACAUGAUAAGGUGGUGGUGGGCAGCUACAUGGGGAUGCUGCGGAUAUUCUCCCCGCAUGCCAAUAAGUCCAGCGAUGGAGGUGUGACCGACGCUCUGCUGCUGGAGGUCCAGCUCCAAAACGCCAUCAUCCAGGUGGAAGUGGGCAAGUUUGUCUCGUGUUCAGAGCUUCUUCACCUGGCUGUUCUUCACCCCAGGAAGCUGUCGGUCUACUCAGUUUCAGGCACUGCAGGGAAUGUGGAGCAUGGUGACCAGUACCAGCUGAAGUUGGUUUAUGAACACAAUCUACAGAGAACAGCCUGCAACAUGACGUAUGGCACCUUUGGAGGGGUCACAGACAUCCUUCCUAAAGCGGAGGCUGAGGAGGACCUGAUCGUUACAGCUGCUGUGUCCUCCAGCAUGGACAACCCAUCGCAAGCUCUGAUCCAAGACAUCGACGGUCUGCCCGUCCCUUCAGUCACCAUACAGGUGAAGGUGAAGGCCCGCAGUGUUGUUCAGUCCUCGAAGAUGACCGUUGGUAUCCGGCCUCCUCUGGCCGUCACUCAGGACCAGUUUGUUCUGGAGCCAAUGGGUGUCGGUUCCUCUACAGUUGUGAUGUUUUCCGCUUUCCUCAACGGCCACUACCCCGCCGCUGACCUCACCGGAGACAUCACCGUGUCCUACAGCUCGCCCACAGGAGUUCCCAGGGUUCUCCAGUCCAGGUUCAGUCUUCCUCUGGCGUUGGUGUGCGUUCCUUCAUCUCCAGCCAAAACCACCAAAUUUAAGAUCACUGUGGACACCAAUCAGCCGCCUGUCGACCUCCACGCCAUCUUCCCAGAGUUUUCAGCGAAAUCAGAAGAUAAGGAUGGGAACAGUUUGGCUUUCCAGUUCCUGUCAGGAGCCAAAGUUACCGUGCAGGCCUCCAAGACCUCCCAGCGUUACCGUAUCCAGAGCGACCACUUUGAGGACACGUGGCUGGUGGUGAAGGAGCUGGUUCACAGAUUCGACAAGCAUUUCUCCAAACUGGGAGUCAAAGACUUCAAGAAAAGCUUCAGCGGACCGCUCCCGCUGCAGGAGUACUUCCUGUCUGUAGACCACCACUUCCAGCUGCGCGUCAGUGCUCAGCAGUACCAGGAUCUGCUGUCGGAGCGGGCCAUCCAGUUCAGAGCCAUCCAGCGCCGCCUGCUGACCCGAUUCAAAGACAAAACCCCAGCACCGCUGCAGAACCUGGACACCCUGCUGGAUGCCACCUACAGCCAGGUGAUAGCGCUGGCGGAGGCCGCGGAGGAGAACCGGGCGCAGCUGGAGGAGGCGUUCGUCCGUCUGCGGAGCGCCACACACCUGCUGGUGCUACAUGCUUGUCGCUGUGGCAGGGCCUGACCCCCGACCCAGACGGCCAUCCUAGAGGCCACGCUGCUUGCCGCCCCGUUGCUGCAGGACACACCACAGCUGGGCUGGGAGGAAAGCUGCGACGCCGCCGUCUCGCACCUCCUGCGGAGCUGCCUCUCACGGAGCCCGAAGGACCAGGCCACUUCUCUGGCCCAGGCGGGGGGCCCUGUGCUGGGUCUGCCCAGCGACACCACCCGCCUCAAGAAACACAUCACCCUGAUGUGCGAACGCAUCGGCAAGGGAGGCCGCCUCACCCUGGCCUCUGAGGCCAACGUGCAGGUCCCGGUCCAGGUCCAGAACCUGGCUGCUCCCGGAGGUGUUGAGCCCAUUGCAGAGGUGGCUGGUGACGGCGAGGAGCUGGAACCUCCGCAGGAGGCGACCAAGUUCAUCAAGAAGAAACAGCCGUCGAAGAAAGUCAAGAAAGAUAAAGACUCCAAAGAGAAGAAGGAGGUGUCCAGGGAGGCGUUAGAGGCCAGCUUGAGAGAGGAGGUGGAAGGUGCAGGAGAGCCCGUCAAAGAGGCGAAAAAGGAGAAGAAGGAGUCAUCCAAAGAGAAGAAGGAGUCCAAAAAGGAGUCAAGCAAAGAGCCCAAAGAGGAGGCGAAAAAGGAGUCCAAGAAGGAAUCCUCCUCCUCUAAGGAGAAGAAGGAGUCAUCAAAGGAGAAGAAGGAGAAGGACAAGGAAGGGAAGGAGGCCAGCAAGGAGUCGGGGGACAAGAAAGUGUCCAGGAAGUCGUCAAUAAAAGUGAAAGAGAAGAAGAAGGAGCCGGAGGCAGGAGAGGGCUGACAGGAGCCGCUCACAUGAUGCAUACAGACACAAACAUACAUACAUGUCACAUACACAGCACGGCUCGCACACGUAAACAUACACACAUGCAUAUACACAGUCCAUGUAAACGUAUACAAGACCGGAUAACUCCACGCCACACACACACACACACACACACACACACACACACACACACACACACACACACACACACACACACACACACACACACACACACACUUCACAUAUGCAGUCCCAAAAUAUAUUUACAUGUAAAUAUACUCCGUCAAGGCCACAUGUGUCAUUAGCAGAACAGUUUCCUCCCAGACACAUAUUUACAUCGUCUAGUAAUAACUGAUCCACACACACGCACGCACGCACACUCACACACUGCUGCUGAACCACAUAUGUGCGUGUGUGUGUGUGU